AUGCCAUCUUCACGCCAAAUUCUCUCUGUCCUCACCACUGCUGUGCUCACAUCUUCGGUGAACGCGGCAUUCGGACCAGCCUUUAGCACCGGCCCUGUUGGUGCUGGCUCUUGGAUCCGUGAAGCCAACUCGACACUCGUACUCCCGAAGGCUCCAACUGGAUCGUCAGGUGAUACCGCACUAUGGGUUGGAAUGGGAACUUCGAAUGGUGACCUAAUCCAAUCCAUCGCGGACAAUGUCAACGCAAAUGACUGGGACAUAUACGCCUACACGCUCGUGAGCACAUCUGAGACCACUCAAAUGCCGAUUCAGGCGAAAGGAGAGAGGGCACAAGAGGCCGACAAGAUUACCAUGUACUACAAGUUUGACGACGCAACCGGCAACUAUACACAGAUUGUUUCAGUUAACGGCCGACAAGUGUCCACGCUGUCAACCGACGACGGCCAGGCUAUGGGAUGGGGCAGCGCUGUCGAGUGUGCUGCGGAGGACUGCGGUACCGUUGCGGCACACAAAUGGAUUGAUACUACAAUCACACUGGACAAGGCGGAUCCCAACUACGACCAGACCAUGGGAAAAGCUCAAGGUGUCACUGGCGAGAUGUCGACAAGUGAUGGUGGUGUGACAUGGACAAUCACAGACAUUGAAAUUCCCGAAUUCACCUUCGGCUCGUCCUAG